CUUUAAAAUGUAAACAACAAUGGCGGCGUUUUUGAAUAAGCCGAGUGAUUUCUUCAAACCAAAUGUACCAAACAUGAAUCCCCUGGAGUUGAUGCCCCCCAGUGUGUUCGAGAGCAGCAGCCAGAGGAAGAACGUGAAGACCCAGGAAGACCCUUGGCAAGAAGUCGCCCGUGCCAAGGAGGAGUUCAACAAACUCAAACAAGAAAUUGAAAACUUGAGAAUUGAAAGGCAAAGAUCUGCUGUAGUCCCAGAGACACAAGCACCUAAGGUUCACAUUGUACACCAGCCGUCAUCAAAAGAAGAAACUAAAUAUGCCGAUGAACUCAUCAGUCGUCAGUCCCGGGAGAUUGAGAACCUGAAGAGUGAGAUACGAUCUCUCCAGCAUGAGCACAAGGAGAACAUGUCUGACGUGGAGAGACAGAUGGCGCUGCAGGAGCGGGAGGCCAAUCACCGGGUGUCCGGGCUGGAGAUGGCUGUGCGGGAGAGUGAGGAGAGAUAUGAGCAACAGGUGGACCGACUGAGUCAUCAGCAUCAGAAGGAGGUGGACGACAUCAACUCUGCACUGGACAACACCACCAGGGAGCUAGCCGAAACAAAGUCGCAGUACGUGGCUCGCCUGCGUGGUCUGGAGACCGAGAUUGAAUCUCUCAGAUCAGAAUCUGCUGCCACCAUCGCUCAGCUUGAGGCAGAAGUCAGAUCAAAGUCUAUGCUUGCUGACAAUCAGAAUCAGCAAAUCUUGCAACUGAAGACCUACAUCGGGGAGACAGAGAAGACGUACCAGCCAGCAGAGGUGUGGAGGAGAGAGAGGGAGACGCUCAAUAACAGAAUCAAGAUUUACGCUGCUGAGAAGGACAAUCUAGAAUCCAACAUGGAGCUGGUCAACAUCCGACUCAAGUCAAUGUCCGAGAUUCUCAAUGUACAGGAAGCAGAGCUGUCCAAGGCCAAGUGUGAGAAUAUUUCCAGUAGUAAGCAGGAAGCUUUGCUCCUGACCAGGUGGCGGGACAAAGUUUUCGCACUUUUGGUUCAGCAGAAAUCUGCUGAUAUUGUAGCGAAGAAGAAUGAACAGAACUGGAGAGAGAAGGUGAAGCACUUGGAGGAGCAGCUGGUGUCUAGUGGGAGUCGGGUCGAGGUGCUCACUCACUCACUGAUGGAGAAGAACGCCCAGCUGCAGAUGGAACAGAACAACUGUCAGAGAUACCAAGAGGAGAUAACUCAAGCCCAGCAGGUGGCACUGUGUCUCGAUGACAACCUAUCUCAGAACAGAACCAGUGCCGAGGGUCUGCAACAGUUGGCACAGAGCGUGAGUGGUCAGUUUGAGGAGAAGCUGAAGGUACUGCAGGACAUGAUGGGUAUUCUCCAGACACACGGACAGAGGAUCAGCUUUGCCGGACACAGGGUCCAGAUGCUGCAAGGUCAGUUUGCAAGGAAGGAAGCGUUGCUACGGUUACAGGCCAAGAGCCAAGAUGUGGACCAGGAGACAGAGACAGAGACAAGUCCUCGGGCUGACACCAGCCAUCUGAGCCAGGAGCUGGAGAGAGUCCUGGGUGAGAGGAACCUGCUCGCCAGCCAGAUCCAGCAGGACGCCGAGCUUCUCUCCCACAAGCUGGACAUGGCGAGAGCGGAGUAUGAGGGAGAGAUCACAAGCCUGAAGCAAACAGUUGAAGAUCUGGAAGUUAGCGUUCAACAGAAAUCACAAACAUGUGCCAGUCUGAGCGAGAAACUGGAGCAGACGCAGAUGGAGCUAGACGACGUCAAGGACAGGGCAGACGUGUUGAGAUCUGAACUGGCAAAACAGGAGUUUGCCACACAGACAGCUCUGGAAGAACAGAGGAAACAAGACCGAGACGAAUACGCUGAGCAGCUGGCAGAGAUGGACCGCAAGUUGAACGAGGCUCGCAGGGAGCACACCAAGGCUGUUGUGUCUGUGCGUCAGCUGGAGAGACAGAGCGGCCGAGAGAGGGAGAGACUGAGAGAGGAGAUGCAGACAGUGGAGGAACACUUCAAGCGUCAGGUGGAUAAACUACAGCAGCAGCUCAUCCUGGUGGAGAAAGAGAGAAACAUGAUGAUGGCCACUCUGCGCCAGGAGGGGCUGCUGAGCAAAGUGCGAUGUGAUCGUGGGGAACCCGUCACUCUCCAGUGUGAGGAGGUACAGACUCAGCCCACAGCCAACAGUAAAGGAGAGCCCAUUACAUCAGUGCUAGAGGACCUGCGGUCACUGACGGCGGCGGUGCUGGAGGAGGGAGAUGAAUCGGAAGACGAGGAGGAGGAAGACUAACUUGAACAAGGAGACAAGUCUCAUCAUGGCCUAACCAUUCACUACUUGUACAUUGUCAAGAAUAGGGGCAGUGGGGUAGCCUAGUAGUAGAACCAUUGGCUCCACACAUCUAAGACCAGGUUCUGUUCCCAAAUGGAUACAAAGCCUGAAUCUGAUUUCUGGUGUCCACAGACAUGAUGUGGCUGGAAUGUUGCAACAAGUUGUGUAAAACCCUACUCACUCACUCACUCAAGAUAAGGGUUGUAACACAUCGUUCGGAUAAGAUGCAAAUAUAUAUUAUGGUCAUGAUAUAUUAUAAUGCAAAACUUGUGAAGUUAAGGAGACAUUAUUCUUUCAGCAAGCAGAUAGCUGGAGACACAACAAACACAUAUUUUGUGAAUCUUGAGAGUUUUUGUUCUGGGUAGGGUUAGCAUAGUGGGUAAAGUGUUUGAUUGCCACCCCAGAUUGCUCACAUAGUACAGUGUGCGAGUCCCGUGUCUUGUGCCUUCGCUGUGGUGUGUCUGAAAUAUUGCAGAGAGUGGCAUGUAGCUACUCACUCACUUGUACAUCAUAUUCAUCCUGUGAGAAAAAGAUAUUUCAAUAAUUUUAUUAUAACAUAUUACUAUAACAUUCCGUCCGAGUUGUAUCUGUGAUAUGAUAGUAGUUCUGCAGUUUCUCAGUCACUUUAUUCUCCAAAAAUGACGGUGGUGUGACAUGUUUAGAUUCUUUUAUUGAAAAGUUAAGUGAUGAGGGACAAACAGUUUUUAUUCUUUUCACACCAAGAAUACCAACAAACACAACUGAGCACACAAUGAACUUGUUUGUUCAACACAAUGUCAGUUGUCAAGUAUGGAGAUUAGGUUAUACAUGUAUUGUCUGCUUCAUGGGUACAAGUAGUCCUGCACAAUGACUGUGGAAUACAUUUAUUUUAUGAAAAAAAAGAUUAAUCUAGAAAUGCAUACAAAAGCAAGUCUGGCCAGCUCUAGCUUGCUCUGUUCCACAUGAAAUCAGUAUAGGGAAUUUUAUUUUUAGGGUCAAGAAGGAUAUUGUGUAACAUAAGAUUUCAUAGACUAAAUGUUAGUCUUGGGUACAAUGUGUGAAGCUCAUUUCUGGUAUUCCCACCAUGCUAUUGCUGGAAUAUUGCUAAAAGCAGCAUAGAACUAUACUCACUCUCUCACUGUUUGGUGGUUGAGUUCAGGAGUUUUCACUGUACCUUCUCUGAAUAUCUAUGAAACAUAUAGGCUUUGCAAAAAUAUUGGACCUGUUGUCAAAAAGUGCUUCUUAUUUGUGACACAAUCCAAUGUAUUAUAUUGUGAAUAUUUUGUAAAUAAUACAAAAAUAAAAUCAACACAAGCAUCCAG